AUGGCGCGCUGGCUGCCGCUGGUGUGGCUGCUGGGGCUGCUCCCGGGCGCUGCCCCCGCCCCGCCCCGCCGAGACGCCGGCGCGCAGGCCUGGGCGCCCGCGGCCCCGGAGCUGCUGCGGCGGCCCGUCCGCUUCGCGCUGGACACGUACAGCCGCGGCCUGGCCGCCGGGGCGCGCGUCGUGCCGGGCGCCGUGAGCGGCCGCGUCCGCCGGGCCGGCCGGGGGGCGCUGUACUCUCUGGAGGUGACGCUGGAGGAGCUGCCCUGCAAGGACCCCGCGGCGUGCCAGCUCCCGGUGCCUCAGAGAACCCUGCUCUGCAGCUUUGAAGUCCUCUCGGAGCAAGGGAAGCACGAGUUGCUGAAGCAGCACUGUGGCCCAGUGGAUGCCGAGAUCAAAGGGGACAACAAUGAGACGCUCAGUCCAUUCCUCCCGCUGUUGGACAGCGACCCUCUACCCCAGGACUUUUAUGUGAAAAUGGCUUCGCUCUUCAAGGACUUCAUCACUACCUAUAACCGGACAUACGAGACCGAGGAGGAAGCCCAGUGGCGCAUGUCCGUCUUUAUCAACAACAUGAUACGAGCACAGAAGAUCCAGGCCCUGGACCGUGGCACAGCUCAGUAUGGAGUCACCAAGUUCAGUGACCUCACAGAAGAGGAAUUCCGCACCUUCUACCUGAAUCCCCUCCUCAAAGGGGGGCCUGGCAAGAAGAUGCGCCUCGUCAAGUCCGUUGGCGACCCUGCCCCACCCGAGUGGGACUGGAGGAAAAAAGGGGCGGUCACCAAAGUCAAGAACCAGGGCAUGUGUGGUUCUUGCUGGGCCUUCUCAGUUACAGGCAACGUGGAGGGCCAGUGGUUCCUGAAACGGGGGGACCUACUCUCCCUCUCGGAGCAGGAGCUCGUGGACUGUGACAGAGUGGACAAGGCCUGCAUGGGCGGCUUGCCCUCCAACGCCUAUUCGGCCAUAAAGACUUUGGGAGGGCUGGAGACGGAGGAUGACUACAGCUACAGUGGCCACCUGCAGACCUGCAGCUUCUCUGCAGACAAGGUCAAGGUUUACAUCAAUGAUUCGGUAGAGCUAAGCCACGAUGAGCAAGAGCUGGCAGCCUGGCUGGCCACGAACGGCCCCAUCUCCAUUGCCAUCAACGCCUUCGGCAUGCAGUUCUACCGCCACGGAAUCUCCCGCCCCCUGAGGCUUCUCUGCAGCCCCUGGUUCAUUGACCACGCUGUGCUGCUUGUGGGCUACGGCAACCGCUCUGACGUUCCCUUCUGGGCCAUCAAGAACAGCUGGGGCACUGACUGGGGUGAGGAGGGCUACUACUACUUGCAUCGUGGGUCUGGGGCCUGUGGUGUGAAUGCCAUGGCCAGCUCAGCAAUAGUGAACUGA